AUGGCGAAUGGAGGCUUCAAUGAGCAAGAUGAAGCCUCGCUAGGCCAAGGUGUAAAGGAGACAUUAAGGGAGUCAAGAAAGAGAGACAAGAAAACUUUCUUCCUCAUUUAUCAAUCGGUGGAUGAAGAUACAUUUGAGAAGAUCUCCAACGCAACGACGACCAAAGAAGCAUGGGACAAACUUCAAACUUGCAACAAAGGAGUGGAACAGGUGAAAAAGAUCUGUCUUCAAACUCUUAGAGGUGAUUUUGAAUGUUUAUUUAUGGAAGAGUCCAAGUCAAUUUUUGAUUAUUUUUCUCGAGUAUUGGCUGUAGUCAAUCAACUUAAAAGAAAUGCCGAAGGUGUUGAUGAGGUGAAAGUCAUGGAGAAAAUAAUUCGCACUUUAAAUCCAAGUUUUGACUUCAUUGUUACCAACAUUGAAGAAAAUAGGGAUUUAAAGACCAUGAAUAUUGAGCAACUCAUGGGUUCCUUACAAGCAUACAAAGAAAAACAAAAGAGAAAAAUUAAACAAAAGGAGGCUAUGGAGAAACUACUACAACUCAACAUAAAGGAAGAAAAUUAUGCGAAUUACAAGAGCCAAAGAGGACGAGGACAUAGAGGAGAAGGAAGAGGCAGUUAUAACAACUACUCUAUCAAUGGAGAAAUAAGUUAG